AACAAAAAUCGAAGGGUGAUGGCCGAGGUUCACGUCAUUGGGCAGAUUGUGGGAGCCAGCGGGUUUCCUCAGCACAGUCUCUUCUGCAAGUGGGGAGUCCACACAGGGGGCGCGUGGAAGCUGCUGUCGGGGCUGAGGGAGGGGCAGACCCAGGUAGAUAACCCCCAGAACGAGGAGAUGGCCUCCUGGUCUCACCCCAUCGACAUCCACUUCGCUACCAAGGGACUGCAAGGCUGGCCCAAGCUUCACCUGCAGGUUUGGCACCAGGACUCGUUCGGUCGCUGUGAGCUCUACGGCUACGGCUUCUGCCACGUGCCGUCCAGCCCGGGGCUCCACGAGCUGCAGUGUGUCACGUGGCGGCCCGUGGGCACGUGGCAGGACCAGCUCUCCCAGCUCUUCAUCGGGGGGGGGCCCCAGCUCAAGACCAACGACCUGAUCUACAGCGGGGCCGACCGCUACCGACUGCACACCUCCGCCAUGGGCAUAGUGCACCUGCAGCUCGGGGUCAUUCUCAGGCACUUUGACAGGUACGGAGUGGAGUGCUGACAGCGCAGGGAGGGGAAUCAGACUCCUACUCCACAGCUGCGUCACCCAGUCCUGGUUUUACUACCAGCUUGAUUAGCCACAGUGUGUCUA